CUCGAGUUUGAGUACCUGGACAAAAGUCUUAUGGUUUAUAUGAAGGAACAUAAUUUCAGACCUCUCCUUCUGAAAGAGAUAAGACCAAUUGUGCAGCAGAUUGCCCAUGCACUAAAACACUUGAUGGCUGCAGGGAUUGUCCAUGCAGACCUCAAGUUGGACAACGUCAUGUUGGUUGAUCAGCUGCGGGAGCCCUUCAGGGUCAAAGUAAUCGACUUUGGACUAUCGCGUGAGGCGUCAGAUGCCAAGUUGAAGACAUACAUUCAGACCCGUCCAUACCGAUCUCCAGAGAUCUUGUUGGGGCAUCCCUUCAACGAAGCCAUAGACAUGUGGUCCCUAGGCUGCAUGGCUGCUGCUAUGUACCUCGGGACCCUCCUUUACCCUGGUUUGGGUGACUAUGACAUGGUACACAUAUUACUUGAAGUGCACUGUUUUUAG